AUGAACAACCAGAUCGACGAGCUAAAAGCGAUCAUUGCCACACAGAAUCAGAAAAACUCAGUCCUACAAUCUCAGUUCGCCGCCUUGAGAUCGUCGCACGAAGCACAAGUUGCAAGCCUCGUGGACGCACACUCUGCGGAGGUUGCAUCUCUGAAAGAUCACAUUCGGUUGCUUCAAGAGCAGAACAGCAAGCACGGCCUGCACCAGGCGUCGAGGAAUAAUACUUCGUUUGUCUCGGAUAGCGCUGAGCCGCCACACACGUCGAUUCGCGAAACCCCGCCGAUUACGAAAGACCCCGACUUUGUCUGUCCGAUCGAAUUUGAAAGCAAACAGCGUUCACACCGGCGAUCAGAAAGCAGCCCAGAGAUGGAGAGCUUGAAGCGGAAGCUCAGCGCCACACGUCGGCCAGAAACGACAACUCGGAACCUGCUCCCAGAGCUCAAUCAGUACAGACAAAACAAUGUCGCUCUCCAACAGCAGAUCGAAUCAUUGAUGGCGAAGUUGAACGAAUCGAAGAAAAGCGAGAGAGAGCUUCGUUCAACACUAGGACUGACCGAGAUGAGAUGUGCUGAGUUCGAGGACAAGGCAGCGCACGCUGACAAGCUUGCCAAAUCCACGCAGGCUCUGCAAAACACUAUUGAUCAUCUCGAGAGCCGUCUCGAGAUCGCCAACACUGAGCGACUGGACGCGGAAGAGCAACUUUCGAAUUUAGUGAAUGGGAAAUCACCCUUCGACCUCAUCUCAAAAGGACCACCUAGCACGAGCCACCCAACUUCCGAUGGACGUAUGAGUAUGAGUACGGUCUUCUCGAGUGCUUCGCCGAUCAGUUCAGAGCUUGACUCGCAAGAGAACGCAACGCUAGCUUCUUUUGUUGCGCACAUUGAGCGUCUGCAAGACCAGGUCAGGGAGAAAGAUCAUCGCAUUGCGAAACUGGAGAAAGAGCGAGAACAGCUACGACGGGCACACAGCGAGCUAGAACAGGAGCACAAGACAACUGCCAGUCGUUCAGGCACACACCACCCAGACACGCAUAUGGAAAGACUUCGAGCCGCAAUCCUGAAUCGCGAAUCCGUAAUUGAGGAGAAGGACAGGGUCAUUUGUACAGUGGAAAGGCAGCUGGAGCAUCACAAACUCUUGUUGCAGGCUGAAAUCAGACGGCAUGCGGCAAUGAAGCUUCACAUGGCUGGGGAAGGGGAAGACAGCUGGCCGGAGCUUGCCUCCAUUGCAAGACGGGAAGACAUCGAUAGGUGGAUGGAUAGGCUCCACGAGCGCUUGAGGAGGGAGCAAUCUAAACAGAAGGGAAAGGCUCUUGCCGAUACUCCGGAUGUGCAGAUGGAGAGCUUGCGACAGGAGAUCGACUUCUACGUUAGGGAAAUCAUUCUCUUCAAGCUCGACAUCAAAGGUUACAAGAGCGACAUUCGAAAGCUGAAGAAGAUCACUGCGCAAAUGGAAGCUUACGGCCGGACGAGCGAUCUGGAAUCUGAAGCAUGUUCUCCCAGGCCAACAGCUACACCUAUCCCCUCAUAUUUCCCGCCAAUCACACCAGAGCUCGAUGGCGCCAGUGUUAUCUCGCCUGCUAUAGACGAAGGUCAUAUUGUGACUGCCCUGGGAGGAUCCCCGGUUGCUAUCUCCCCAUUGGCUCCCUCGCGCGAUCGGGACCGCGUCCUCAUGGCACCAAGAAACUCACGCGAACUCGACAUACCAGCAACAUUAUAUGAGGUGGCGCAUAAGGAUGACUACGCAACCGGAGCUGAUCUCAUGAGUGCGGGGGCCUCUUCAAACUUGGUCUUACCGCGGACAGCUACGCUGUACCACAUCAGCGCGUUAUACACAAACGUAGUAUGA